GUUGAAGACUGACAAAGCGUUGCGUUUAAGUAUUAUUGGAGAAAAAUUGCAAUGGUUUCAAAGUCACCUUGACCCCAAUAAAAUUGAGUACACAAAGAAGGAAGCUGGCGAUCUAGUUGAAAAUUACAUGUGUCGAUUCAAUGAUGAAUUGGAGCAGAUUGAAUUGCAAAACAGUAUUAAAGGUAGACAAGGAAGACAGCAUGGUGCACGGGAAACCGUUGUCAAGCAGACCAUAGAACGUGAAAGACAACUCUAUGAAGGCUAUGGAAUAG